GACCCAUCCAGUUCUUCAAAAUACGGAAGUUAGUUUUGAUACAACACGGCAGUUACUAUCGACAUUUUUUUAACAACGUACUUCGCCUUAAUUAACAUUUUCUUUAAUUUCCUCAAUGCGACAAUACAACACGCAGCGCGUGCAUGUACAGUUUUAUACAUUUUUGUAGCCUACUGGUGUUUUUGGCUUUUCGCGGAGGGAUCUAUAUUCCUCCGCUGACCCUACUGUGGAGCGAAAUUUGAAUCGCUGUCCACUACACAUUUUUUUAAUCGUUUGUUUUUAUAUGAACACGUGUUAAGAUAGUAGCAGCCUUUUAUGAUACAAUAGUCUUUAUGUUUAAUAAAGAGUAGAACGUUCAUUAUUUACCCCAAAGUGACACGAUGGCUGCUGUGGAGGUGAUGUCUGCCGUGGAGGUGAACCCGGCUGCCACUAUGGAUGAUCAGAAAGAGAAAACAUCUCUCCCCUCAGAGGAUGUGUCCCCUCAAAUCACAAAUGAUGACAAAUCAGCCCCCCUGGAUUUCUCUGAGCUCACACCUUUUCAGUUUGGUAUUUCUGCACAGAGCUUCACUCCAGCAUCUCUGUCGAACCGCAAAGAUAAGUCUCGUCUCGCACAAGUAAAGGCCAGACGGAAGUCAAGCGUUGGUGUCCGGGGCUCCCCAGAGACAAACUCCCUUAUCCGCUUCAUAGGACAACAGAGGAUGAAGACUCCACCUGUCUCCAGAACUCCAGAGCUUGUCAAGAGUAGCCCCUUCCUUCCCCGGGUCGCCUCCACACUGAGGCAGAAGAUGGCCUCUUUCCAGAACCUGAUGGAUGUGGAGGAGAGUGAGGGCUGUGAUCCAAUGCCAAAGCAGGACAGCGACACUGGAGGAUGCAUCAAGACAAGAGAUUAUCUGUCUGAUGGAGGCAGUCAUGACGGAGAGAAAGAAAACCAACAACCAAUGGUGACACCCAGGAAGAGGAGGCGCCUGGGCCCCCUAGAAAGCUGCAAGGUGGAGAUUAGAGAGGCCAGCACUCCUAUCCUCCACUUCAGUUUGCAGGAGCGUGAGGAGGAAAAAAAACAAGAGCCGCAGAUUGUGACAGAAGGACCACUGACAUCCCGUGACACAGUGGACGAGGCAGAAGCUGUGUUUUUAUCCCCGACUCUUCAUGUUGACUCUGAGCUCAGAGCUGGUCCCCCUGCCAAGAACCCACAGGACGCUGUCUUUGAACUCCAAAGCCCCCGUCAUUCACCACCUGAUGAUCCUGCAGCCGCUCCACAAGCCCAGCCGGCAUCCAUCCUCCACUUCCCCUUUCUCCCCUCUCUCCCCUCGCUGUUGGAGAUGAAGCCAGCAGGUGAGGUCGAAUCAACUGGAACAUCCACAGUCAAAAAGACAAAGAGGGUCCGCUUUGGAGGUCCACUCUCUCCUGAGUUCUUUGAUAAGAACCUGCCCCCCAGCACCCCACUGCAGAGAGGAGCCACGCCGGCCCGUGCUCAAACACCGGGUGGAAGUUUACAGCUGCGCUCGCUGCUGAAGACGCCACAAGGAAGGGAAUCCCAAACAGCAAACGCUCAGCUGGACCUCGGCAGCCCAACUGUGUUUGGAGCCUCACCGACACUCGCAGUACCUCGUAACCACAGGACCCCGACUGCUGGAGACGAGGACGGAAAGGUAAACCAGAGUGUUUUCCUCUCGGUAGAGGACGUCGACUCUGCAGUGAUAACUGACACAGAGUGUACAUGGGACAUCCAACCGCUGAACUUAAACAAUGCUUUCCAUGAGGAGUGUCUUCCUCAGAUACUGUCAGAGUUUGAGACUGAGCCAGACUCAGCCUCUCAGCUGGACGCCCUUGAUGAGCCGACGGCUCUGCCAGAGGAGGAGAAGCGACUGGAAGCAGAAGCUGAAAUUGAAUCUACAAGCAGAAAGAGAAAGCAGCCAGCACCAACGUGUGAAUCUUCCAGUGAGGAUCCUGCUCGCUCCAGUCGGAAGAGAAAGCAGCCAGAGGAGAGCGAACCUGUGAAGAGGUCGACACGCUCGGCUGCCAAGUCAGCCUCUGGGAAGAUGAAGAAUUGCUCCACAGCAGCUCGUCGAUGGAACAAGGACGUGGAUCGCUCCCUGUAUGGAUCUCGGGCAUAUGCCUCAAAGAACCCUGCUCUGAGCCCCAUCACCGAGAGGUUGUCCUUCCUCAGCCAGUGUCCAGCAGAACAACAGACCCCAACCUCAGCACAAAAUGACGAGCCAUGCUUGAGCCCUGAGGUGGCUGAUGACGCUCAAGUAAUUAGUAACCCCACUACGAUAAACGCCUCAGAGAAUUCUUCUGAAGAUUCAGUCCCAGCCUCCAGUAAACAAAGCGUCAAAGGGAGAGGCAGACUGUCGGGGAGAAGGGUCAGAGGAAGAGGUUUGAAGGAGAUGAGGGUCAGUGCUGCUAAGGAGAUGGCUCCUUGUCUCAGUGAGGAGACUCGGAACCAGACCGGAGGAGAGAAGGAGGAUCACUGUGAAGACCAAGCUGCUACACACCUUGAAAAAUCAAGGGAGGAAACACCACUGAGCGACACUGCACCUGAUCAGGGAGGAGCGGACAUUGACCUUGAGGCCCAGAUUUCUGCAGACACACCCUGCACAGACUCUGAUAGUAAACUAGAAUGUCUCAGUGCACUGACUUCAGACAGCUCAUCUUUGCCUGAAGAAUCCAGCUGCACAGCAAGUCCACCACCUGAAGUAGCACAGAGAAGAUACAAGCAAGGCAGAAGGAGCUCCUUAUACAGGCCAGUCCCAGAGGAGCAGGUAAACCAAGCAGAGGAGCACCAAAUGAGCCGUGACGUGCAGGAGUCAGGGCAGGGAGACCACGCAGCUAACCAGGAGGAACACAACAGCAGGACCAGCUCUGAUAGCCAGGAGGAGGGGGAGGUAACACGCAUGGAUCUGGCUCCCUGGCAGGCUGAAUUUAACUUUGAGGAUGUGUUCAAACCUGUGGCCACUAGAGGGCAGCGUUCAGUCCGACGCAGCCUGAGGAACCAAGGCAGCGACAGUGCAGGUCUUGCCUGGUUGCCCUGGACCUCCCCUGAGUCCUGUAAAGAGUCCCGCAGGAGGACCCGGGGCCGCCGGCUCAGUGCUGCUCAACCUGCUCAACAGUCAGUCCCUGAGGAGACACCAGACGCUGAAUGACACUUUAAAUCACCACAUGGGAGACUGUAAACUUUAUAAUUGAAGUGAGUUUAAUGUGAGACGUGUACUACAAUUAUUCCAUCUUCAUUCACACCAACAUGUUGGUUUUUUUUUAAAUUAAAGGAAUGAUUUUCUAUGAACAGGCUGAUUGUGUGAUAUAAGCUGUAGUAUUGAUGUUUUUGCCCUCUGUGAAUUAAUAGGGCUGACCAGUAAUUUGUAGCCAGCUUCCCUCUGUUAACCAAAUCACUCAAUACACAGAGCCCAAUCAUCUCUGCCGACCACGUCCUGAUCAAUACCCCACCACUCAGCUGGUAAUCACAGAGCAUCUUCAGUCUCUCUCCAAAGUCACUGGAUCGAGCAUCUCCCAGUCAAUACCUGCUCUUUGUGGAUGGAUGAAGAUUGCCACCCUGCAUUCACCAUCUGUCAGGCCGGACCGGGGAGGGGAUGUGAUAAGGAGAAAGUAAUGCUGAGAGAGAGCGUGUCUUACACAUCUUAAUCAAAUGAAUAGGUUCCCACACGUCUGUUUAUUAGUUUUAUUGGAGGGUUUUAAGGUUAUUUUUUAAGUAAGUGAUCCAAUCUGUUGACACAGAAGUGCUCUGUAUCCUUGUGUGAGCUCUUAUUGGCUGGUUUUAACAUGCUGUCAAUGUUUUAUAGUAACAGCCAGUCAAGUUGAAAUGGUUUUUACAUUAAAACAGAUUAUAGGUGA